AUGGCAGCUGCCUUUGACGACGAGGACCUUUCUGUCUCUCUCCCUUCCUACAACUCCGAUCGCCAGCGUGAAUGUCCCAUUGGGGCCGGUCCUCCCCCCAACGCCUCGAAUUAUCCUGCCAUGGCAAUGCCUCCGCCCACACGCCCGACCGGGAUCGCCGCCGACCCCUCCAUGCAGUCCCCGGCGACCAUGAGGGACAUGCAGCGGCUCGAUCAGUACCAGACAGUUAAGAUUCUGGGCGAAGGCUCGUUCGGAAAGGUGAAGCUGGCGAUUCAUCAACCUAGCGGCCGUCAGGUCGCUCUGAAGAUCAUCUCUCGUCGCAAAUUGCUGUCCAGAGACAUGGUUGGUCGUGUGGAGCGGGAGAUUCAAUAUCUGCAAUUGCUACGGCAUCCUCAUAUUAUCAAACUGUACACCGUCAUUGCUACCAAAACCGACAUCAUCAUGGUCCUCGAGUAUGCUGAACGAGAGUUGUUCGAUUACUUGGUCAAAAGAGGCAGAUGCAACGAUGCAGAAGCCCGAAAAUUCUUUCAGCAGAUCAUUUGUGCUGUUGAAUACUGCCACCGCCACAAAAUCGUGCAUCGGGAUUUGAAGCCGGAGAACCUGCUUAUUGACAAGGAUAAGAAUGUCAAGAUUGCGGAUUUUGGGCUGAGCAACAUCAUGACAGAUGGGAACUUCCUCAAGACCAGCUGCGGCAGUCCUAACUAUGCUGCUCCCGAGGUUAUCUCCGGAAAGCUCUAUGCUGGACCCGAGGUCGACGUAUGGAGCUGCGGUGUGAUUCUUUAUGUUUUGCUGGUGGGACGGCUCCCAUUUGACGACGACUAUAUUCCGGCACUGUUCAAGAAGAUUGCCGCGGGCAACUUCCACAUGCCCCCUUAUAUCUCGUCUGGAGCGGCUCGCCUGAUCAGAUCGAUGCUCCAAGUCCACCCUGUUCACCGAAUUACCAUCCCCGAGAUCCGCCAGGACCCUUGGUUUCUACAAGACCUACCCAAAUAUCUUCAACCCCCUCCGGAAGAAUUCAUUGCUACUGGGGUGGAUCCGAACAAGGCUAUCGACCCUAAGAAGAUUGCCCCGGGAAAACCCCUCUCGGUGCAGCACAAGAUCCACCAGAUCGCCAUCUCCAAGUUGGAACGGAGCAUGGGAUAUGCGCGGGAGGAUAUCGAAGACGCACUCAAGAGCUCCGAGCCCAGUGCCAUCAAGGAUGCUUUCUUCAUAAUCGUGGAAAACGAAAUGAUGCAGACCAAUUCUCCCACAGAGGACAACCUGAUGGGUGGUCCUGUCGCACCUUCACCUCCCCCGAAUCGAACUCCUUUGACUGCACCUGCAGUUGGCCGGCCCGCUGCACCCCGUCCUCAAGGAUCCCCUCAUUAUGAUUCACAUCGCCAGCCCUCACAAGUACCACAACAGGUUGAAUCGGAUGAUUUUGAAAGUUCUCGAAUCAGCCACGUUCGCAUUCUGCCGACCAGCUUGCCCUAUGUGCAUGACCAACUAAUGGAACAACGGGAGCGGGAGCGGGAGCAACGGGCGCGUGACGCGGACCGAUUACGAGAAGAACGCGCUCAGACCAGUCUCGACGACGAUCUUUCCGGCGCACGUUCCCCGGAGGAGCAGGAAGCAACCGCUAGGGCUUUAAAACCGCACUCCCGUAGCAUCAUAGACUUGAACAAACUGCGCCUGGAACCCCCAGAGGCUCGGAGUGCACCCCAGCAGCCCAAGAAAACCCGCAAAUGGCAGUUUGGUAUUCGGUCUCGCAAUCAACCCUACGAGGCUAUGCUCUAUCUAUAUAAAGCCAUUGCAGCACAGGGCGGCGUGUGGGAGAUCCAGCCCUCCGAAACAGAAGGCACAACACCCAUUGGGGUUGAGCGGCGACCAGGAGAAAGACCUUUGCAAGGGAAAUAUCCAGAUCUUCCGGCCGACUACUACAUCCCGAAGGACUCCUGGUUCAUCCGGGCGCGUCUAUUGAAGCAAGGCGUCACGGCACCGGGUCGCUCAGCUAGUGUGCAGAGCAGCAAGAGUGACUUGGAAGAGCUUCGCCGUCGAUUCAACAUCUCCGGCUUGUCGCACUCGGCCGAAGAGAAGAACCCAUUUGCCAUGAUGGAGAAUGCGACCAACUCCGGCCCAUCCUCCGCAACGCAGUCACACAUGCCUGGACGAAUCUCGCAUGGGGUGUGGGUGUUUGUGGAUAUCCAGCUGUACCAGCUGGAGGAAAACAACUACAUGGUCGACUUCAAGUGUGACGGAUACCAGAACGUGAUCCGCGCGGAGGGCGAGACCGACUGGCAUCCCAUCAGCAAACGGUACUUCAACAAGGAGAAGGAGAUCACCAGCCCCUAUCCUUUCCUCGACGUGGCGUCGGACUUGGUCGCUCAACUGGCUGUCGCCAGCUAA